AUGGCUUCCAACGGACCCGAACAGAAGCUCAUCGCGACAUCCGGUGAUCUUCGAGCUCUUCUGGACACGAUCGAUGGUCUGGAUAUCCAUCCACUGGAAUACUACCGCUGGAAGCCAGCACCUCUGUGUAUCGACCUUAAACCCGUCGAGCUAAACGGCCAGGACUCCAUCUUCAUCCUGCCACUCUUCAUCCAUGACGCCGAUAUAGACACUGUCUACCUUGUCGACAUCCUCACGCUAGGCGCUGCCGCAUUCAGCACUGCCAACGACACUGGCACAACACUGAAAGGAAUCCUGGAAUCGACAACCAUACCGAAGAUGGCUUUCGACGUCGCCGAAGGCAAAGUUGCACUCGAGCAGCAGUACGACGUAAGUCUUGCACUUACUAAGGACCUGCAGGUGCAGGAGCUCGCCAGGCCAGACAAACGGCCAACAGCACCUGGGCCAAAGACCAAACGCCGUGGACCGCGGCCUGCGCCGGGCCCUAUCGCAUUGGUAGGCUGCGUUCAAAAUGUGAAGGAGAUCGAGAUCUCCGAGCGGCGCGCCAUGGUGGUUGCUGACGACGACCUGCGCAAGCUCUACGACCAGACCGAGGGUGGCGAAGCUGCGGUCUUCGUCCAGCGACCACUCAAGACGGAGUUAGUGCGGCAUUGCGUUGACAGCGUGAGGUUUCUGCCGGAAAUAUACGAGAAGUACAAGUACAAUCAUCGACCGUACUAUAAGACCUGA